ACGCCUCACCGUCUCUUUUCUCUCUCCUGUCUCCAUCGGUCCAUCCUAUUUCCUAUCUAUCUAUCUAUGUCACUUCCAAAUUCAUGGAACCUUAGUUUUUCUUUUUCCCAUGAUUUUCCCUCAAAUUCUCCACCCAUUUUUCUGGGUAAUUUUGGAUGAUCUAAACGAUAUACUAUAAUUUUUUGGGUAAUCUUUUUAACCCAAAAAUCUAAACAAUAUAGUACUUCAAUUAUUUUUUUACCCUCAUCAAAUGGCUGUGAAAAAAGCGGUAGAAAGUUUCUCUAAGAGUUUGAUUGAUGAAGUUCAUAAAUGGGGUUCAAUGAAACAAAAUGGAGUAACUCUUAGGUAUAUGAUGGACUUUGGGUCUAAACCCACUGAUCGUAAUUUGUUGAUUUCUGCUCAGUUUCUUCAUAAAGAGCUUCCUAUUCGAAUUGCGCGCAGAGCUAUUGAACUUGAGAAGCUUCCUUAUGGGUUGUCUCAAAAACCUGCUGUGUUGAAGGUCCGCGAUUGGUAUGUGGAUUCUUUUCGGGAUCUGAGAUCAUUCCCUUGUAUCAAAGACAAUAAUGAUGAAUUAGAUUUCACCCAAAUGAUUAAGAUGAUUAAAGUCAGACAUAAUAAUGUUGUCCCAAUGAUGGCCAUGGGGGUCCAACAGUUGAAGAAAGGCAUGGAUCCCAAGAUCGUAUAUGAAGAUUUGGUUGAAAUUCAUCAGUUCCUUGAUCGUUUUUAUAUGUCCAGAAUAGGCAUCCGCAUGCUCAUAGGGCAGCAUGUGGCCUUGCAUGAUCCAAAUCCUCAACCUGAUUGUAUAGGCUACAUUCAUACAAAAAUGUCUCCUGUAGAAGUUGCCAGAAAUGCUAGUGAAGAUGCUCGUGCAAUUUGCAUGCGUCGUUAUGGCAGUGCACCUGAAAUUGACAUUUAUGGAGAUCCGAAUUUUACAUUUCCGUAUGUACCUUCACAUUUACACCUUAUGGUUUUUGAGCUGGUGAAAAAUUCUUUACGUGCUGUUCAAGAGAGAUAUAUGGACUCAGAUAAUGUGGUACCUCCUAUUCGAAUUAUAGUAGCUGAUGGAAUAGAGGACGUUACAAUUAAGGUUUCAGAUGAAGGGGGUGGAAUUCCGCGAAGUGGUCUCUCAAAGAUUUUUACUUACCUUUACAGUACAGCUGAGAACCCAUUGGAUGAACAUACUGAUCUUGGAACCAGUGACAAUGUAACGAUGGCUGGUUAUGGAUACGGGCUUCCCAUAAGUCGCUUAUAUGCUCGAUAUUUUGGAGGUGACCUGCAAAUUAUCUCAAUGGAAGGAUAUGGUACAGAUGCCUAUCUACACUUAUCUCGAUUGGCAGAUUCUCAAGAACCUCUGCCGUAGUACCGAAGCUGAGGAGCUAUCUAUUUCAAUGUAUUUAAACUUUAAGCGUUAAAAUGGUGAUUAUGAGAAAAAGAACAUGUUUCUUUAGAUUUUAUGAAAAUAUGGGUGAUGUCAUCCUUGUAAUCUUAUUCUUGCAAUGUACUGCAUGCCUCUGGA